AUGUCGUCCGCAGAAGAGUCGCCCGCGCAAAAGGCCGCGCGCCUACGUCGCGAACGCCGUGAGGCUAAAAUUAAAGCUGGAGGAAGUGCACGACUGGACAAAAUUACGAGUUUGAGCGGACGGACGCCUGCUAGUAUGCAAGAUGUCUCCCCUUCACCACCGCCUCAACCACACCCUCAGGCUACCCCAAACCUGCCUACACAAACACAGCCAGCGCAAACCUCACCUCAACCGACCAUCCCGCCAGCAGGAACAGCGCCUGAAGCCGACCCCGAAACUAUCCGUGCGCAACAAGAAUACCUGAGAGCCCUCCUACGAGCUAACCCACCCGAACAACAAGCCCAACAACAAAUCGACCAAGAUCCCAUGAUGAAGGUUCUAAGCUCCAUGCUCGGCGGCAUGCCCGGCGCCGAAAAUACAGCGCCUGGUGCGGGAAUGGCACCGCCUAAUCAGGGUAAUUUAGGAACGAACGACUUGACCUCGGCUCUGGGUAUUCCGCCAUUGCUUUCCAACAUGAUCUUUGGUGGAGGAGCCUCGCAGCAAACGCCGGAGGAGAAGAACAGAGACAAGAUUUUGAAGUUGCUGCAUACCUUGUUUGCGUUGUUUGUUGGUGUUUAUCUGGUUACACUUCUGAGCUCGGCUGUUACGACGUACGGUGCUAACCCGCCACCACCUGCUACGGCACAGAACCCGUUUGUGAUUUUCAUGACUGUCGAGCUGUUGUUGAUUGGGGCCCGGAUGGUUCUGGGAAAGACUCAGCAGGGGACUUUGGCUACUGGGUUACAGAUUUUCAGAACACUUGUGAGGGAUGGGAGUAUCGUUAUUUUUGCUCUUGGUGUUGCGUGGUGGUGGAAUGGCGGUUGGCAGAUAUCUGCAAGUCAGUAG